AUGAUUAUAAGAUUUGGGACUUGGACAAUAAGGGUGUUUUUACUGUCAAGUCGGCCAAGGCUGCUAUUCGUGGGCCAACUGAAAUUUUGCCAGCUGCGGCACUUUUCUCUAGAAGUGUUAUACAUCCUACUUUGGGUGUGCAGUAUUGGAAGCUAUUUUAUAAACAGUGUUGUGCUUCUGAUGAUAAUGUUAUGAGGAAGACUGGUAGGGAGAUGCCUUCGAUGUGUCGAUUAUGUAGAGAUGAUUGUGAAGAUGUUAGCCAUAUCACUUGGCAUUGCAAAAUUGCUAAAAGAAUUUGGAAGUGGGCUGCUGAAAUAUUCAGAUUGACGCCGAAUGAGGACCUGGUGGUCUCCUACAAGGCUGCAAAGGGACGGAGUCGAAUGAUUAAGGAUCUGUGGCUUGUUGCAAAUCUUGCAAUAGUUACGGAGCUGUGGAAGAUGCGCAACAAAGCUUAUUUUGAGAACAAACAGGUUCGUUGGCUGGAGUUUAAGGGAAGAGUUCAUCAGGUAAUUCGUGAUAACUCUAUUAGAUUGAAGGGUCAUAUGCAUAAUACUUUGGAUGACUUGCGUAUUGUUAAUUUCUUUAGAGUGACGCAUAGAUCUUGCGAUCACUCUAACCCAGUUGAAGUUACUUGGAAUCCACCAAAUCCUGGUGAGAUUAUGAUUUGUUGUGAUGGUGCUUCUCUUGGUAAUCCUGGGCAGGCUGGUUCUGGAGUGGUUUUCCGUGAUUCUAGUUCGGUAGUCUUGGGAGUUCUGUGCGUUGGCCUGGGCUGGCAGACUAACUUCUAUGCUGAAGUUUGUGCGGUGAUCUAUGCUAAUGCAGAAGUGGAGAAUAGCGAAGAGCUUUUAUAA